ACUGCAUGUCAGGGACCACAGGGCUGCACUAGGUGACCCUUUAAGACAAAAACAUGCUGGGACGUGGUGAAUGCCUCCACUGAACUUUAUUACCCCGGCGGGUAUGUGAACACAGAUGAAUGAGCUCACUGGGACGUCAGCUGUUUGUUUGGCCCUGAACAUCAGAACCUUGGUGUUCGUCACUGCUGCCUCAGGAUGUUCAAGUUCGUGCUGCUGUUCCUGACUCUGUCAGGCCUCCAAGCUGUUCCAAUUGCAAAAAGAGUGCAGGAGAUACCGUCGACCUACCAGAUCCCCGAUGGCUUCCAACAAGGCACCGAGCCCUCCAGGAGAGUCCUGGACACCGGCGUGAUGCAGGGACGCAUCAGGGAGAUCGACAGCAGAGUGGUUUCCAUCCGUUCUUCUCUUGGAAAUGGAUUUGGAGAGAUGAAGAGAAGACACUUGCUGACAGAUGAGGUCCCUGUUGAUGUUCCAGCCCGGAGAAAUGGCGGUGGUUGGGUCCGGGUGGAGCUACCGGCUUCUCCUCGUCUCCCAGAUGGUUUCAGGCAGGGAACUGAACCCAUGAUUGCAAUCCGAGAUGGUUUCAGACAGGGAACAGAACCUAUGAUUACUAUCCCAGAUGGUUUCAGACAGGGAACAGAACCUAUGAUUACUAUCCCAGAUGGUUUCAGGCAGGGAACAGAACCUAUAAUGUCUAUCCCAGUUGGUUUCAGACAGGGAACGCAGCCUUCUGGGUCACUCCCAGAUGGUUUCAGGCAGGGAACCGAACCCAUGAUUUCUAUCAGAGAUGGUUUCAGACAGGGAACCGAACCCGUGAAUUCUAUCCCAGACGGUUUCAGGCAGGGAACCAAACCCAUGAAUUCUAUCAGAGAGGGUUUCAGGCAGGAAAUCAAACACAUGACUUCUACCCGAGAUGGUUUCAGUCAGGGAAUUGAACCCUUCAUGUCUAUCCCCGAUGGUUUCAGACAGGGAACCGAACCCAUGAUUGCUAUCAGAGAUGGUUUCAAACAGGGAACUGAGCCUUCCAAGUCCCUCCCAGACGGCUUUAGACAGGGAACCGAACCCAUGAUUACUAUCCCUGAUGGUUUCAGGCAGGGAACCCAACCCAUGAUUACUAUCCCAGAUGGUUUUAGACAGGGAACCGAACCCUUCAUGCCGAUUGCAGAUGGUUUCAGACAGGGAACCGAACCCAUGAUUUCUAUCAGAGAUGGUUUCAAACAGGGAACUGAGCCUGUUAGGUCCCUUCCGGACGGCUUUAGACAGGGAACAGAACCCUUCAUGUCUAUCCCAAAGGGUUUCAGACAGGGAACUGAACGCUCCAGCUCCUCUGGGCUCCAGACUAAGACCGUGGCGUGUAAGGGGGAGGUCAUUAACGGAAACUGCUAUGAGUUCAACCCCACCCCAAUGGCCUUUGAAGACGCACAGAUCUCCUGCAGAUCUCGCGCCCUGAAUGCUGAGCUUGCAUCUGUGACUGACCGCGACCUGCAUUCCCGCCUGGUCGCCCUGGUAACCAAAGGUGGUGAGAACAACCCUGUGCUGACAUGGCUGGGAGCCACGGUCAAGAACCAGCAGGCGUCCUGGGUGGACGGGGCAGAGUGGAGCUACAGCGACUGGAUGCCGGGUCACCCCAACAUCCAGACUGAUAAACCCGCCUGUCUGGAGAUGUUUAAGAUCGACGAGAGCUGGUGGACGGCGGCCGACUGUGAGCUGCAGCGAGCCUCCAUCUGCUCAUACAGGAUCACUGCAUGAAAACCACAAACACACAAUCACUGGACGGCUUCCAGAUCUGUUCCUGCGUGAAAAUCUCAAUCAAAAACAAUCUCACAGAUGUUUGAUGAAUAAAUCCUGGCAUGUUACACUUCCUGUUUUAUUUCUGUGCACACACACAUUAAAACAUUUCCAUUUAAAUUUAGACAAGACUUUAAUGAUCAUUUUCCACUUGUGUAUACAAAGCAGUUUAUACAGAUUAGGGAGCCAAGUUAAAACAAUUUGUUACAAUUUAGUACCUGGAAAGUGCAAAAAGUACAUU